AUGCUGAGAGCUCUGGAGAAAACUGAGUUCAUGAUCAGGAAUUCAAGUGCCUUUGUGUCGGAAACUUCUCUUGAAGACACAACAAAUAGAAUUUCUAUUCCUAACCUGAUUGAUGAUAUUGACAUUCCAGUUGCACUAGUGAAACACCCCACCCGUACAGUUAAGAUAAAGCAGCUGACUCAUGAUAUAAGCUCACAUCAGCUGAAGGAAGCUCUCUCCUUCUGUGGGAGUGACAUAAAUGGCUUCUUCCUGGGAACUUCAGGUUCCAAUGCCUAUGUGGAGCUUGAGGCGACUGAGUUAGCGAGUGAGACCAUUUUGAUUCUUGUGGUUUUCUCAGCACAUCACACUAUAAGUGAAGAUGCCAAAGAGAGGGCACUGGCAAAACAUCUCAUACAGGUAUCAGGAAAGCAGCUAUCAAUCUUCAGAGUCGAUGCACCAAGAACAACAGUUGUAAGAAUCCUAAAUAUCAAUCCUCAAUGUCAGAAUAAUGUCCUGUCGGUUUGCAAAUCGUUUGGGAAACCCAUGAGGAUGAAGUUCAGAGAUGAGAGCAUGGUGGAUGUGUAUUUCAAGAUUGACGAAUGGCCUAACAUGUUGAAUAUUUUGAAUAGUUUGAAUGGAUUGGAAGUGGAUGGCUGCCGUUGGGUUGCUCAACCUGCUCCUAUCUUUCCUCCCAUAAUUUUGCAAGCCCUCUGGAACCACCCGGAUGAAAGAAGACAUGUGAUUACAUUAAUGCAAUACUUAUUGAAAAAACUUGAGCAUCCUACAGACACAGCUGAAUUAAGCAAUCUGGUAGCCAAGUUUUAUGGCGAUAGCCUUUGA